GAGGUGCUUGCAGAGGUGACAACUCACCCAGUGGCUUCUGCAGCUCAGCACGGAUUGGGCCUGUUCACACCUGAACCUCGGAGUCGGGGUCUGAUCUGCGCUUCUCUCCACCAUGAGGAAUACCAGCAAGGAGCUGCAAGGUGCCACGAACCGCUAUGCCCCCUGCGACUGGUACUACCACCUUCCUGUGAAGCGGUCUGAGAAACCUGUGAAUGCCCCACCAGCUUCCCAGAUUCCAGGUCUGAGUCAUCUUAGGGACACACCCAAUGGACACCCGUUUGGGGCUCGGAGAUAUUGGAUCAAAGAAACAGACUCCGAAUAUGUGAAACUGGCCAAGCAAGGUGGUCGACCUGAUCUGUUGAGACACUUUUCUGCCUCUGGGACAAGGAAGGCCUCUCCACUGGCCUACACCCUGCCAGACUGGUACAUCCACCACAGCAAGCCACCUACAGCUGCUCAGCGACAAAUUCCUACCGUCUCUAUGCCGGAUUACAUGGUUUAUGAAGAGUUUAACCCUGCUGAGUCCAAUGGUAGUAACUAUGAGUCCAAAAGAGGUCCCUUCGACUUUGACAUGAAGACGGUUUGGCAACGAGAGGCUGAUGAGCUUGAGGAGAAAAAAAAGGUAAAACUGCCAGCCAUUAACUCGAAGAAUCCGAGCAAAGUGGGGACCCCACUUGGCCCGAAAGACUCUGCAUCUGCAGGAAGACUUUCCUUUCCUCCCAUGCCUGGUCAAAAACACAGCUCACCUACCAACUUUUCCAAACUUAUUAGCAAUGGUUAUAAGGAUGAAUGGUUGCAGCAACAAUCUGGUUCAGUGAAGCAGACCUCACAGGCAUCCAGAGCAUCAUCUCAGUCCACACAGGACCCCAAUGAACACCCUGAUGAAGAGCCAACCACAGAUUCACAGGUUCCUGAAGGCUCUGAGAAAGACCAAGAGUCUCCUCCUCCAAGUCAAGCAAAUCUUUCAUCUGCAUCAACACCAGCAGAGCUCAAAUAAACUUCAAUUAAAUCUACAUUUAGGAUCAUUUUCUAAUGGCUAAAUAUGAUCUGACUUACUGCAGUUGUAUAUGGCUCAUAUUUUAUUAACACUGAUUAUUAUGGAUUUAUCUUGU